CACUACAUACACACACACACACAUAUAUAUAUAAAUCGAUGGAUCGAUCACAUAAUCACACUUUCUUCUUCCUCAAUGGAUUUCAAAGCAGCAUCUGCAGCAAUUGUAGUUGUUUUAAUGGCAUCCCAUUUCAAAUGGGUGCUUGAAAUCGAUGCGAAGAAGCACAAUGAUCAGAUCAAAGCCCUUUCUCAUAUAUACCAAGAAAAGUUCCAAAAACCUAAUGGGAUCGACCAGAGGCAUUUCAAUGGCAGCCAUUCUCAGUUCCAGGCACACAAAUUAAUCCACCCACAAAAAAAUAUAGGGCAGAAGGAGAAGGAUUUCAUCCCCAGAUUGCCCGGCCAGCCUGCCGGCGGCGUUCCGUUUAAACAGUACGGCGGGUAUGUCGCCGUCGAUCCCGCCGGCGGCCGGGCCCUUUACUACUACUUUGUUGAGGCUCAGCACCCCAAGAAGUCCCCUUCACAAUUGCCUCUUCUUCUUUGGCUCAAUGGAGGGCCAGGUUGUUCAUCACUUGCCUAUGGAGCCAUGGAUGAGCUUGGCCCUUUCAGAGUCCAUAGUGAUGGCAAAACACUUUACAAAAACAAUUUUGCUUGGAAUUAUGCUGCAAAUGUGUUGUUCUUGGAGUCGCCGGCCGGAGUAGGGUUUUCAUACUCGAACACAACAAAGGAUUAUGAGAAAUCCGGAGAUCGGAACACUGCCAAGGAUAAUUACGCGUUCUUGUUGAAUUGGUUCGAGAGAUUUCCCGAAUAUAAAGGUCGUGACUUUUACAUUUCCGGGGAAAGCUAUGCCGGACACUAUGUACCUCAGUUGGCGCACGUCGUCCAUCGAAACAAUUUGAGGGCUAACAAGACUAUCAUUAAUCUCAAAGGCAUAAUUAUUGGAAAUGCAGUGAUCGACGACGAGAUGGAUACAAAAGGAAUGUUCGAAUUCUUCGAAAGCCAUGCUCUAGUUUCGGAGGAGACUACCGAGCAAAUAUUCAAAUAUUGUAACUUCUCGCCCAAAGCCAUCGACCAGUCUACUCGAUGCAACACGGCUUACGAACAGAUCAACAGCAACAUCGACGACAUCGACAUCUACAACAUCUAUGCUCCACUAUGCUCCAACCCUAAUGUCACCAAAAAACCCAAAAGGAUUUCGGAUGUGAGUGAUCCUUGCAGUGACAAUUACAUAUUUGCAUAUCUCAAUAGGGCUGAUGUUCAAAAGGCAUUACAUGCAAAUGUUACUAAACUUGAUUAUUAUUGGCAGCCAUGCAGUGAUAUUAUCAAGAAUUGGAGAGACAGCCCAACCACAGUCAUCCCUUUGCUUAAGGAGUUUCUGGCUGAUGGACUAAGGGUUUGGAUAUUUAGUGGGGACAUAGACGGAAGAAUACCGGUGACGUCGACGAAGAAGUCCAUUAAAAAAAUGAAUCUUGACAUCAAGGUUUCUUGGCACCCUUGGUUUGUUGCUGGAGAGGUUGGUGGAUAUACGCAAGUAUACGAAAAGAAUAUGACAUUUGCAACCGUAAGAGGGGCAGGUCAUCAAGUUCCAAGCUACCAACCUCAAAGAGCACUUUCCCUAAUUAUGCAUUUUCUUGAUGGCACUCAACUCCCUAAUUCUGACUCUAAUUAUAAAUAAAUAACUAUUAUUAUUAUUAUUAUUAUUAUUAUUAUUAUUUAGUCAUUUUUAAAUAAAUUAGUUAUAUGGAAUCUCCAAGCGAAUUUAAU